AUGCAAUACAGUAACAGCGGGUACCAGAACAGCUUCAUACAGGAACAUGCAAUACAGGAACAGCGGGUACCAGAACAGCUUCAUACAGGAACAUGCAAUACAGUAACAGCGGGUACCAGAACAGCUUCAUACAGGAACAUGCAAUACAGGAACAGCGGGUACCAGAACAGCUUCAUACAGGAACAUGCAAACAGUGUACCCUACGUCUUUCAAAGGCUCCAGAUUGAAUGGUAUUUAAGAAGUUUACUGAGUGUUGAAGCUGUGGACUGCGAACAUGGAACCUACGGCCAGGAUUGUGACUUGAAAUGCAGCGUCAAAUGUGAGCAUCAGACCUGUCACAGCAUCACAGGCAGGUGUUUGAGUUGUCCCCCUGGAUGGCGGGGAGACUACUGUGAGCAGGAAUGCGAAAAAGGAACCUACGGCCAGGAAUGUGCCUUCAACUGCAGCGUCAAAUGUGAGAAUCAGACCUGUGACAGCAUCACAGGCCGGUGUUUAUGUUGUCCGCCUGGAUGGCGGGGAGACUGCUGUGAGCAGGACUGCGAACAUGGAACCUACGGCCAGGAAUGUGCCUUCAACUGCAGCGUCAAAUGUGAGAAUCAGACCUGUGACAGCAUCACAGGCCGGUGUUUGAGUUGUCCCCCUGGAUGGCGGGGAGACUACUGUGAGCAGGACUGCGAACAUGGAACCUACGGCCAGGAAUGUGCCUUCAACUGCAGCGUCAAAUGUGAUAAUCAGACCUGUGACAGCAUCACAGGCCGGUGUUUGAGAUGUCCCCCUGGAUGGCGGGGAGACUACUGUGAGCAGGUUACUCAUGCUCAAGAUAAGCCUAUCUAUAGAGAUCUCAGUGACACAUAUUUAGGGCAAAAUAAAGAAUGA